AUGGAUCCCCAGGGCCAAACAGGAGCAUUCCACAUUCCGGAUCCAGGGCGACUGCGUCUGCGGAACUGCCGUGAUACGCUCAGGGAUUCCCCGCAAAAAGGGAAGAAAGCCUCUUUUGGUUCGUUGCUCGGAGCGAACUAGCACCACGCCCGGCAUCCUGUACUAGCGGCGAGUCCCUCGUCAAGCUCGCGCAUCCUGUCCGUGCGCGGCGCCCGUGAACCGUUUGCCGAAGUAUUGCAAGCCUUGCCAGCUUUGGGAAAGACCUCUCGAGACCAUCUGGACCGGCGUGAGCCCUGCCCGGAUACCGUCGGAGGCGAGGAAUACGGCCAGCUGAUGGACCGCGUGAGGCGAACCAUCGGCCUCAGCAUCAGCAUCCGACACGACGGGCACCCGCUAGGCUGUGGAGGCGAUGUUUGA